GCGGGCCUCCCAACGGUCGGAAUUAUGGAUUUUGUAAGUGUCCUCCCCCUGUCGCUGCUUGCAUGAAUUUCGUUCAUUGGCGUCUUCCCUCUCGCACAGUGUGUCUCUGCUCGCCGCGAUUGCGACAACGGUUCUGUGUCGGCAAACCUGACGUUGAUGGCGGACCUGUACCGCAGGCUGCCUUUGCUUCUGCUCGUCGCUCUGCCGCUGCUCAUCGUUGUCGUCUUCCACAUCUGUUUCCUCGGUCGCGUUCCUGGAAGGAAACAGACGCGUCGAACGCCGAAGAGGUCGACGAAGAUGGAUAAGCUUCAGACAAAGACGACGAUGUCGGUGGGAGGUGGGGGGUCCUCGCGUCAGCGUUGCAACAAUACGAAAGGCGGCAGGCGGUCGUACGACCCGACGCUGUACAGCCACCUGCGGUCCCACGAGAUUCCAUUGCCUCCGAUUGACGACGACGUCGACGACCCCAGAUCCUCAACGGUUCCUCUGGGCAGCGGCUCGAUGCAGGAUUGGAUGGGGAGCCAGGUGUACAGACACGCAUCGACGCCGACGUACACUGAUUUGCUGGAGGGCCAGACCCCCGCUGGUUACGACGCUGGACUUGUCGAUCUGAGCUUCGGUCUGAGGUCUGGGAGUGGCGAGGGCCUGACGCACACUGUUGUCGUGAACUCGGCUUCUGCCUCCAAACACACAUCGCCUUCCGUGAGGGCGGCUGGCCCUGCGGAUAGYCGUGGAUUCGUUCUGCUGAGGCGGGUGGCUUUGAGUACAGCAAGUGUGGCGGCGUCGAGGACGAAGACAAUUGGAUUGGCAGGCUGCCGAAUGACGACGCCAGGCGGUGCAAUCGAGGGAGAAGGGGAUGAUAAUGAGCGCGACGCCGCAGAGGUCGUCGGUCGUCAGUUUUGGGAUGAUGAACRACAACGAUUGCGUUCCACGAACACGGCCAGCAUAACGAUAGGGGUGGCGAGAAUCAGUGUGGGGGCCGAAGACGAAUUUGAGGACUGCGCUGGUGGAGGGGGCGAGGAGAUCGCUGCGGACGACGGCGGUGAUGACAACGACGAAGACGACGACGGCGAGAUGGAGAUUCGUCCAGUAGGGAGGAAGCGCGGAGGGUCGAUGGCGAGAACCAAGGUUAGAGAAUCGCGCACGGGGCGGAAAGGCAAGAAGUGCAGCGAAGAAUCGUUGGCAGGCGACGGAACAAAAAGCAGGGAUUUUUGGACAGUGGAGCAUAUGAUCGCUCUUAUCAGAGCCAAAAGAGACCAGGAUUCGCAUCUGGCCGGCCUGGGGCACAACUACAGAUGGAUGAAGACAAAGACAUGGAAGUGGGAGGACGUGGAGAAGAGGCUGGUGCAGAUGGGGGUGACGAGUAGGAAGGCCGUCGACUGCGGAAAGAAAUGGGACAACCUGUACCAGCAGUUCAAAUCCGGGCGGGCAGUAGUGGACGGCCUGGCCUGUCCAUGGUGUGCUGCGAGACCGCGCACUGUACCAAAGGGCAUUCCGGGAGGCAUUCCGUACCGCUGGCAUUCUAUCGCGACGGGUCCAAAGGCACCGUCUGUGCAUGGUAUCGUCGUCGCAGGCGUAGUCAUCUGUUUGUCAYGCUACGAUCGGCGAGUUUGGGCUCCGCGGGCAUCCACGUCCUCCURCAUCCACGUCAGCCAAGCGGCGUGCCAUCGGACUGGUCCUUCGUCCACACCAGUGAAGCGCCGCAUCAUCAACGUUGUCCGUCGGCAAGGUGCCCRUCAUCGACCUCCCCCCGCUCCUUCAUUCCCGUCGUCCACGUGGUCCUUCGUCCACGUYAGCCAAGCGCCGCARCUUUUUGCAUUCGGCACGCACUUCUUUGUGGACGACAUGGCACCGUGCGGCGCUUCAGGGAAGGCGAAAAGAAACAGCGGAUCGGGCGACGGUGGGGAGACCCAAAAAGGCAGAGGGCACAUACCGAAGUCGAAAAGGCCGCGCUUCGAUGACGACAGCUCCGAACAUAGUGGGGAUUUGCACRGCGAGGAAGAGUCGAUGGUGGAUGCACAAGGGGCGGACGUCAUGAAGCAAUUGGGGUUUGGGCGGGACGGGGUGUCGAGGGAUCAGCUGGCCACUCCGAAGCAAUGUUUGGUCGGUGGUGUCGCCGUCUCGUUGGCACGAACCCCGAAGUCGGCAGGGAUUGUCAUGACGGACGCGCGCGUGGCGAGACAAGUUCCGCCAAAGGUCGGGCAGGUGGCGCCACGUCAGCCAAUCCCAGCGCUACAGGCGGGGACUUCAGGGGUGGAAAAAACACCGUCCGCGCAAAAGGUCGACACGACGGCGGGCGGUGGUCGGACGGCGGUGGCGGAUAACACCACUGGGAGCGGAGUCGUGGAGGGUGCGGGAGAGGGGAGGGUCGAUGACGUCCGCCUUGAUGAUGGGAGGAAGGAUGCCAGGGGGGGGGGCGAUGAUGACGACGACCGUCCGGUUUCGGCGAUGGUGAAGAAAGGGGUUAAAGAGGAUGAUCUCGAAGAGAGGUCGAAGUUGUGGAUCGACUGCGACGCAUUCUGGGGUCAGGGACCGGGGAAGCCAUUGAGGGAGGCGUUCGGUGGUGUCGUGACAUCGACAGUCGUCAUCUUCAUGCGCGUGUUGUUUUAGUGUGCGGUGACAGUACAAGGCAGGUGGAGCUUUAUUGUGUCAGCAAUCC